AAGAUUGAGUCAAAAAAUUGAAGAUGCUCUGUUCACUGCAGACAGAAGAUUAUUUGGACGUAACCGUCUCUCUCUCCUCCCUCCCUUUCUCUCUCCUCUUCUCCAGUCUACACUCUAGACUCCAGAGUGAGCUCACGCAUUCUGCACCACGCUAAACCCCAGCCCUAUUGUGGGCCCCUCCUCCCCAAAACGACGACGUUCAUCCCGUCCCCUCAUCCUCCUACUCUCACUACAUAAAAAUUCAAUGAUAAGUUGGAGUAAAUUGCAGAAGAAACAAACGGCAAUCAUCAUCAUCAUCAUCUACUUCAUCUUCCACAUUUUCUGUUUUAGUGAGAGAAAGAGAUAAAAAUUCAAAGAUUCGUUUUAGUGAGAGAAAGUUGAUUAAGCUUGCACUAUACGGACGGAACUAACGCAUUCUCUCUCCUCUUUUUCGGUUCUUCUUCGUCGGAGAAUUUCGCUCAGAAUUGUGGUACUAGAAAUCAAUGGAAGUAGUUUGAUUAAUAACAACCUACAGUACAUUUACAGUUUGAGCUUGAUGAAUGAACCAAGGGAUGCUGGUUUGGAGUCAUGAGCUUGUAUCGAAUGACGGUUCCAAGUCUAGUUUGUUUAGUGCUGAGUAUGCUAUGUGCAGCCAGUGCUCUUAAUGAUCUCGAGAUUGUCUCUUCUCUAAGGAACAAUCUAAUUCAGAGAAAAGAAAUGUUUUCGAGCUGGUUUUCCCUGGAGUCACCUGUGUGUAACUGGACAGGUGUGAUAUGUGAAGGCUCGGAAGUUUUAGGGCUUAAUCUACCUUGUGGAUCUUCACCGCUAAACCUUCCUUUUCUUAGUAGGAUAGGGGACCUGAAACAUCUGAAGUACCUCAAUCUCAGUCAGUGUGGGCUCAAUGGCGUUAUUCCUGAAAAUAUCUGGAGUCUUGAGGAACUCAUGAUUCUGGACCUGAGUGGCAAUGGGUUAUCUGGAACCCUUCCUCCAACAGUGUCCAACCUGAAAAAGCUCAGGCAACUUGUACUUGAUGGUAACAGCCUAUCAGGUCACUUGCCUUCGACGAUUGGCCUUCUAACUGACCUUAUCGAGCUUUCAGUUCCUGAAAAUUUCUUCUUUGGCAAUCUUCCGCCUGAACUUGGAAAUCUUUCCAAGUUGGAAUCACUUGAUCUUAGUGGGAACAGUUUCUCUGGUUCCCUCCCUUCAAGUAUGAGUGAUCUGGCUAGCCUGCUGUAUUUUGAUGCUAGUCGCAACAGAUUUAGCGGUCCUAUCUUCUCUGGAUUAGGAAAGUUAACAGGCCUUAAAAAGAUGGAUCUCUCAGUGAAUUCCAUAACUGGAUCCAUACCGGAAGAUAUUGGGGAAUUGGGGAAUCUGACUUCACUAAAUCUGAUGGACAACAGCAUCAGUGGAGUAAUACCUUCAUCUAUUGGAAAUCUCAGGUUACUUCAGGAGCUUGUUGUCCAGAACUGCAGACUUACAGGUGCCAUACCUGAAGAAUUGACUGAGCUAUCUAACUUGGGUUUCAUGAACAUAGGACGGAACUUUUUUGUGGGAGAAUUGCCAGCAAGCGUUGGAAAAAUGACCAGCUUAAGUUUCCUUCUCGCUGCAAAUGCAGGGUUGAGUGGGAGCAUCCCUGGACAGCUGGGUAACUGCAAGAGGCUGAUUACCUUGGACCUUUCUCUUAACUCUUUUUCUGGUCCUUUGCCGGAUGGUCUUGCUGGGAUGGAAUCAAUUCAAACUUUGAUUCUUGAUUCCAAUCACUUGUCAGGGAUGAUCCCUAGUUGGAUUUCCAACUGGAAGGAAGUUGAGUCCAUUCUGAUGGCCGAGAACCUCUUCACAGGGUCUAUUCCACCACUCAAUCUGCCGAAUCUAAGGCAACUUGACUUGGACUCCAACAUGCUUUCUGGUGAGUUGUCUUCAGAAAUAUGCAAUGCGAAGUCACUAAAUAAGUUGUCAUUGUCAAAUAAUAACUUCACUGGAAGCAUUGGGGAUACCUUCAGAAAUUGUAGCGGUAUAACUGGUUUGACAUUGUCGAUGAACAAUCUUUCUGGAGAGUUACCUGAUUACUUGGGUAAUCUCCCUCUCAUCACCCUUGCAUUGUCAAAGAAUAGAUUUGAAGGAAAGAUUCCUGAUCAGCUAUGGGAGUCGAAAUCUCUCACAGGAAUAACUCUAAACAAUAAUUUUCUUUCCGGAAAGAUUCCUCCAGCUCUUGCUAAGGUUCAAACAUUGCAGAGACUGGAAUUAGGUAAUAAUCUCUUUGAAGGGACCAUCCCAGCUUCGAUUGGAAGAUUGAGGAAUCUGACCAACCUCUCUCUGCGUGGGAACCAGUUAACUGGAGAGAUCCCUGUGGAACUUUUCAACUGCACUGGUCUUGUAUCAUUGGAUCUUGGUUCAAACAGUCUUACAGGUUCUAUUCCAAAGUCUAUUACAAGAUUAAAAUUGCUGGAUAACUUGGUGUUAGCCCAUAAUAACUUCUCUGGUCUCAUUCCUGAAGAGAUAUGCUCCGGAUUCCAAGAGGGUCCCAUGCCAGAUACCGAGUUCACUCAGCAUUAUGGCCUGCUUGAUCUCUCCUACAACAAAUUUGUGGGUCCAAUUCCUGCAUCAAUUGGCCGAUGCUCUAUAAUUAGGGAGCUGUUAUUACACAACAACGAGCUGAAUGGCAGCAUCCCUUCUGAAUUAUCCAAUCUUUCCUAUUUGAGCUUACUGAAUUUGUCCUCCAAUUAUUUAACUGGUCCAGCCAUACCCAAACUUUUCACGUCGAACAAACUUCAGGGCCUCAUCCUUUCACACAAUGAACUGACUGGUAAUAUUCCGGAUAACUUGGCCUCAUUAAUGCCUAGCUUAACUGAGCUAGAUAUGUCAUGGAACUUUCUCAGCGGUUCUCUGCCACCAUCUGUUUUCAGUAUUGAAAGCCUGAGCUUCAUUGAUAUCAGUGCAAAUUCCCUUACAGGAACCAUUCCUUGCCACUUUGAAUCUACCAGUUAUCUUGUUCAUCUAAAUGCUAGCAAUAACAAUUUUUUCGGCCCCCUUUGUGACUCUCUUUCGAACUUAACCACCCUCUCCUCUCUAGACCUGCACAGCAAUUCUUUGACAGGAAGCCUUCCACCCUCGAUAUCAAACCUUGCUGCCUUGACAUACCUAGAUCUUUCAGGUAACAGUUUUGAAAACUACGUACCAUGUAAUAUCUGUGACAUUCAAGACCUCUCCUUCAUCAAUCUCUCUGCCAAUAGAUUCCUGGGAUUUGUGCCUGCUUCCUGUAUUGAGCAUAAAGGACCGUGUUUAGCCUCUGCCCCUCCACGAACUAUUACACAAGCCCCUGUUUGGGGUGCUAUAAUUGGGGUCUUAGCCGUCCUUAUUGUUCUAGUCAUCUGUGUGGGUAGACAUUUGGUACUGAAGCACAAAGCAGCCCUUCGUGAAUGUAGAAAAUGUGAGCUUGUAAGUACAGCUGAGAGGUCUGAUGAGCUCAUGUGUAAAAAGUCAAAGGAGCCGUUAAGCAUUAACAUUGCUACAUUUGAGCAUUCUCUCACCCGCUUGAGCCCCGCAGAUAUUUUAUCAGCCACUGACAACUUCAGCAAGACAUUUAUAAUUGGUGAUGGUGGAUUUGGUACAGUUUAUAAGGCAUCCCUGCCGGAGGGGCGAACAAUAGCUGUCAAGCGACUUAAUGGAGGACAUUUUCAUGGUGAUCGAGAAUUUCUAGCUGAGUUGGAGACUAUCGGAAAGGUUCAACACGAAAACCUGGUUCCAUUAUUUGGGUAUUGUGUUUAUGCCGAGGAAAGGUUUUUAGUGUAUGAAUACAUGGAGAACGGGAGCCUUGAUGUGUGGUUGAGGAACCGAGUUGAUGCAGUGGAAGCCCUCAAUUGGCCCACCCGUUUUAAGAUAUGUUUGGGGACUGCCCGUGGUAUUGCCUUUCUGCAUCAUGGGUUUGUACCUCACAUCAUUCACAGAGACAUCAAAUCCAGCAACAUACUACUGGACCACAACUUUGAGCCCAAAGUCUCGGACUUUGGACUGGCAAGAAUAAUCAGUGCGUAUGAGAGUCAUGUCAGCACCAUUCUUGCUGGCACAUUUGGGUAUAUACCUCCCGAGUAUGGGCAGUCUAUGGUUGCGACAACAAAAGGUGACAUUUACAGCUUCGGGGUGGUGAUGCUGGAGUUGGUGACUGGUAGGGCACCAACUGGACAAGCUGAUAAAGAAGGUGGUAAUUUGGUGGGUUGGGUUCGGGUGAUGGUGGCCACUGAGAGAGAAGAUGAGGUGCUUGAUUCAUAUGUUCCAUCUAUUGCAAGGUGGAGGCGUCAGAUGUUGCAGGUCCUCAACAUUGCUCGAGUGUGCACCAAUGAUAAUCCUGCAAAGAGACCUACUAUGCUUGAAGUUGUCAGGCUGUUGAAGGAGAUUAAAAUUGAGAGUUAAACAAUAAGUUCCCAGCUGUUGUGUAAGUUGGGUUCUGUAAGCGGAAGCAUAGUUUACUAGCAAGUAGGAUAUGUAUAUAAAUGAUAGGAAUCAAAAAAUUAUUGGGGCAUUGAAUUUGAAAUAGAUCUUGCCCCUAUUCCCGAAUCAUGACCAAUUAAUGAUAUUUCUCAGACUUCAGUUUCUCUUGAAGGUCCUGAUAAGAAGAUUUGUCUCA